UGACCCAUCAGCUCCUCUGCGUUUACUUUCAAUUAAUGGAUAAAUGAUUGUUGUCAGAUGGUUGAUCGUUGUUCCACAUAUUUUUUCCUCAUAUUUUCGCAGAUAUACUGUCAAAACUCCAACAUUCCCUCAUGGCUUCCCAAAUUCAAUCUGUCCAAAAAAGGAAAUAUGAUGCAUUCCUGAAUUUUAGACGACAAGACUUCGAGGGAAGCUUUGUUGCAGAUCUUUACAAACGUCUGGAAGGCAUAGGAAUCCAUGCAUUCAAACACGAUUUCGAACUUGAAAGCAGAGAACCAAUUAUUUCAAAAGAAAUCUUGGAAGCCAUAGAGGAAUCAAGAAUUGCCAUUACCAUAUUUUCUUUGGACUAUGCUUCUUCAACCUGUUGCUUGGAAGAACUCACUAAGAUCAUGAAGUGCGUUGAUCACAACAAAGGACAGGAAUCCUUCUUGGUUUUCUAUAAAGUUGAGCCAUCAUAUGUAUUGCGACCAAUCGGCACCUUUGCUGUAGCAUUAGCCAAACAUGAGGCUGAUCUCAAGGGUACUGAUUUGGAGAAGGUGCAGAGGUGGAAGGACGCUCUCCAUAAAGCAGCUGACAUGGCGGGAUUAAAAGAUUAUUUUUCUGGAGCUGAACUUGCCCGUUGGAGUUGAAAUGCGCCAGAGUUGAACAUAUGUAGUUGAUAUGUAACUAUCAAACUCUUCCAAUUGCUUCAAAUCCAGUAUCUCUGAAAGAGCAACCGAUAGAGGUAAAUUUUCAUUUAUUAGGAAGAAGAUUGAAUCGGAUGCAUUAUCACUAGCUUUGUAAGCUCAAAAAACUGAUUAGCAGAUAAACCCCUUAGAGGUCCCCUGAUUGGAUAAAAAAUAUUGAGCUUCUGACAUGUAUCCUCCAGCUUGUGGAGACUUUUGAAUCAUUGUAGAUAUGAUUAGGCCAUGAAUAGGUGAACUGAUAUUAGUAGGAGAUAGUUAAGGUUAAUUUGAUUGCCUGAUGUAAUUAUGCCCAGAGUUGUGAAUUUACGGAAGUUGUAACAGACGUAAGUA